AGAAAACGAGGAAGGAGGAACGGCGUCAUAUGCUGUCCCAAAAUCUGACUCCACCAGGCACCAACAAAACAAAUCAAAACAAAAGCGAGUUUACAUGUAAUAACGCCCAAGUUGUCUUUGUGGGUUUACUAGAUUUGGGUUUCUGGCUUUCGUGAAUUGGGCCAACUGGAGAUAGCAAAGCGUGUGUGGGAAGAAGAGGAAGAAAGAAGAAGAUGACGGUGCUGCCAAUGGAAUCGCUGCCUCUGGGGUUCCGAUUCAGGCCGACGGACGAGGAGCUCAUCAAUCACUACCUCCGGUUGAAGAUCAACGGCCGUCAUUCCGAGGUCCAGGUCAUCCCCGAAGUAGAUGUCUGCAAAUGGGAGCCCUGGGAUUUGCCCGGGUUGUCGGUGAUAAAGACGGGCGAUCCGGAGUGGUUCUUCUUCUGUCCGCGUGAUCGGAAGUACCCAAAUGGGCAUCGUUCGAACAGGGCCACCGACGCUGGCUACUGGAAAGCCACGGGCAAGGACCGCACCAUCAAGUCCCGCAAGUCUGGCUCCAAUGGCACCUUGAUUGGGAUGAAGAAGACCUUGGUUUUCUACAGGGGCCGUGCUCCAAAGGGCGAGCGCACCCACUGGAUCAUGCACGAGUACCGUGCCACCCAGAAGCACCUUGAUGGUACCCAGCCCGGCCAGAGUCCUUUUGUUCUAUGUCGCUUGUUCCGAAAGCAAGAAGAAAAGGCAGACGUUUCAAAGUAUGAUGAAGUGGAGAAUACUGGGUCCUCUCCUACAGCUACCAGGUCUCCUCCUGAUGAUGCAUCAUCAGAUCUAGUUCAAGCUACACCCACAUCGGGUAUGCAAGUUGGGGACCAAUCUGAAGGCAUAAAGCGAUGGUUGACUGAUAAAUCGGACAACAUGACCCCUACUACUCUACUGCCUGUUGAUACCAGCAGCAUUAGUUACAAUAGUUGUAUGGCUUCGGAUGCGGAAGAAGAUCAUGUACUGGAAGGAACUGGUAUAGAGGUGCAUCAGCAGCCGGGAGAUACUUCAAAGUUCUAUGAGCUCUCUUGUGUUCAGAAUGAUUGGAAUGAUUUCUCCCUGUUGCAAUCACAGAUUCACACGGAGCUACCACCUUAUAAUGCGGAUUCACCUUUUGCCAGUGACUUUGGCUAUGACAGUAAUGCGUUCCAUUUUCAGGAUGGCACCAAUGAACUGGACUUAUCUCUCACAGAGUUGUUGGAUGAGGUCUUAAAUAACCACGAUGAGUUUUCUUGUGAUGAAUCAACCAGUCAGAAGAAUUCGGCUAUUGGAAGUGACACCCAAUUCUCUAGUCAAUUGUGUACGACAGAGGUCGUACCACCUGGAGACUCCUAUGUUAAAAACAGUGGUGCAAACAGUGAUUCCGACACUGAAAUGGCUCAAGUACAGCGUGAUUCUGAGAUGGGAGCUCCUGGAUGGUUCAAUGGACAUGUUGAUAAGAGAGAGUUAUUGCAAAUGCAACCUUUAUUUGGAUCUUCUCAAGCUCAUGUUCCACUUGUUGACCAAGAACUUAAUAGGAGGAUUGAGGGGAACGUUUGGGAUAAUCCAGAGCAAUAUGUUUCAUCUCCCUAUCCUGCUAUGAGCUCAAGCCGUGCGCUCAACUUUGAAGAACCAAGUGAUAAGACGAAUCAUGUUAACAGUUGCAGCAUUCCUGUUGGUGGAACUGGAAUCAAGAUUAGGACCCGGCGGUCUCAACAACAACCAAUUUCGAACAAUUUUGGAUCUCAAGGCACUGCUCCAAGAAGAAUCCGUCUGCAGAUGAAGAGUUCUCUUGGAUUAGUUCACUCCAGUGAAGUGACCAGUGCAAGCAGCAGAAAAGAAGAAGAUGAAGUGCCAUCAACUGUUACUGAGGCCAAAGAAGCUUCAGAUCAAAGUCCUACCUUUGUUGAUCAAGUGGAAGAAAGAGAGCUUUUGAAGGCUCGAGGCACUGUUCCAAUGAGAGUCCGGCUGCAGAUGAAGAGUUCUCAUGGAUCAGUUUGCCAUAGUGAAGUGAGAGGUGGAAGCCACAGUGAGGAAGAAGAUGAAAUGCAAUCAACCGUUACUGAGACCAAAGAGGCUUCAGAGCAGAGUCCUAUCUUUGUUGAGCCAAAGGGAGAGAGCGAGCUUUUGGAGGUUGGGAAGAGCAAGGGAAGCACUGGAAAAUCCUCUACAAAACUGAGGUUAAGGGUGAAACAGGAUGGUCUACAUGUUAACAAUUGCAGCAUUCCUGUUGGUGGAACUGGAAUCAAGAUUAGGACCCGGCGGUCUCAACAACAACCAAUUUCGAACAAUUUUGGAUCUCAAGGCACUGCUCCAAGAAGAAUCCGUUUGCAGAUGAAGAGUUCUCUUGGAUUAGUUCACUCCAGUGAAGUGACCAGUGCAAGCAGCAGAAAAGAAGAAGAUGAAGUGCCAUCAACUGUUACUGAGGCCAAAGAAGCUUCAGAUCAAAGUCCUACCUUUGUUGAUCAAGUGGAAGAAAGAGAGCUUUUGAAGGCUCGAGGCACUGCUCCAAUGAGAGUCCGGCUGCAGAUGAAGAGUUCUCAUGGAUCAGUUUGCCAUAGUGAAGUGAGAGGUGGAAGCCACAGUGAGGAAGAAGAUGAAAUGCAAUCAACCGUUACUGAGACCAAAGAGGCUUCAGAGCAGAGUCCUAUCUUUGUUGAGCCAAAGGGAGAGAGCGAGCUUUUGGAGGUUGGGAAGAGCAAGGGAAGCACUGGAAAAUCCUCUACAAAACUGCGGUUAAGGGUGAAACAGGAUGGUCUACAUGGCAGCAGCCACAAGGAGAAGUCAGAGUGGGCAAAUGCACCUCCUCCGCAUCAUGCCCCACGAUUCUCGUUAGUCCAUAGAGUAGGAGUUUCUCUAGUUGUAGUCCUAUCUGUAGUUAUCAUUGGGGUGUGGAGGUGCUUUAGAUCUUGAUGUUGCGAAGGGAAUAGCUAUAGUUAGUCUUUGUAUGGUACCUUAUUUGCUGAGAAACAAUGUUAGGUUUGUAAAUAUGUUUCCUGUAUCCAUGGUUAUAUGUAUGUAGAAUCAAUAGGCAAGCGUGGUGCACUCUGUUGAACAGUUUCAUCUGUUUUGUUUAGCCAGUAUCUUUUUGUGUAGCCUUUGUGUGUUAGCUUUGUUGGAUAUUAUAUUUUCAGACAGUAUAUAUAUAUAUAUAUAUACAAUUUUGUUCA